AUGGCUAAGCGCACCAAGAAGGUCGGCGUUUCCGGCAAGUACGGCACCCGCUAUGGUGCUUCGCUCCGUAAGCUCGUCAAGAAGAUGGAAAUCUCGCAACACGCCAAGUACACUUGCAUGUUCUGCGGCAAGGACAGCGUCCGACGCACUGCCGUUGGCAUCUGGAACUGCCGUGGCUGCUCCCGCACUGUUGCCGGUGGUGCCUGGACCGUCAGCACCAUGGCCGCUGCCACCGUCCGCAGCACCAUCCGCCGCCUGCGCGAACUCCAGGAUUCGUAAAGCCCCUUUUAUUACACUCCACAAGUUCCCGCUCUUAAUUGUGCUUUUCUCGCUGCUCUCGCAACAACCAUUGAAUCUUGAUUUGAUGAGCAUUUUGUAUGGUGUGUAGUGUCACGAGUACAAAAACCUAGUCCUUCGUUU